CCAUUUAUGAUCAACCUCCGAAGGUGACCUUGACAGCAGCUUGUAGCUACGUGGGUAGCAUUUGUUUUGAGCCCAACUCAACUACGCACUUUAGGUGUUCGACCAAAUGUCUCACUGAAUAACCAACCUAAAUUUGAAUCCCAUGAACCAUUCGAUCUUUCUCAACUAGAAUACAGCUUCUGGAAGAGAGCCGGAGAUCAAAAGAUGUGGAGACGAGUUGCUUCAGUCUCUCAUUUGACGUUCGCCCACAAUUCCACUGUCAAUAAGAAUGCGUGUACGUUUAAGUGUUGGGAAGCAUUUACCACUGAAAUACCCAGAAAGGAAAAAACUACCUAUCAAACAGCUAAAACGCCAUUCAUAACUUUUGUAUUAGGUGGCCCUGGAAGUGGCAAAGGUACACAAUGUAUGAAGAUUGUUGAGAACUUUGGGUUUACACAUUUGAGUGCUGGAGAUCUAUUGAGGAGGGAAAUAGCUUCUAAUAGUGCAGAUGGUAUCAUGAUUCUCAACACAAUUAAGGAAGGAAAAAUAGUUCCUUCGGAGUUGACGAUCAAACUUAUUCAAAAGGAAAUGGAAUCAAGUGACAAUUAUAAAUUUCUCAUUGAUGGGUUCCCACGGAGUGAGGACAACAGGAAAGCAUUCGAACAAAUUUUUGGGGCAGAACCAGACAAUGUACUCUUCUUUGAUUGUCCAGAAGACGAGAUGGUGAAGCGGGUGCUCAAUCGUAACCAGGGAAGAGUUGAUGACAACAUUGACACAAUCAAGAAAAGGCUGAAAGUUUUUACGGCCUUAAAUCUUCCAGUAGUGAAUUAUUAUCUGGAGAAGGGAAAGCUAUACAAGAUUAAUGGAGUUGGAACAGUGGAUGAAAUAUACAAACAAGUUCAUCCAGUUUUUUCAACAUUUAAUUUUGAGAAUCAAUUUUGUUCAGAAGUGCUGUGUUGAUUAAUCGGCUUACGUUAUAAAUUACGUGGAGGAUGAUCCCUGUCUGUGCCUGGAGGGAGUUACCCUCCAUUUCCGUUGAAGAUCAUUGUGAGUUCAUUUCCCUUAUUACAGCUUUUUUUUUUUCUGGUCACGUUCAUGAUUACUGUGAAAAAUAUUUAAAAAUGGCAGAC